UAUUUCUAUGUUUGGAGCAAAUAAAGAUGAAUUUGAUGUGAAGGGUUCAGUUUGAAACUUUUAAACUGCUUGGAAACUACAACUAUUUCAAACUCAUUCAAAAAUAAUCAACACAGAGCAAAAGCAUUUAAAUGUUUUCCAGUUCAUUUGAUUGUAACACUGAUUGGUCCAAGUCACUUCAGACCAGUUUGAUAAAACAGCAGAAUUUUAGAAUAAAAUGUUUUCACCACAUCACAGGUGGAGAGUCUAAAUCAAAGUUUGCAGCAAAGGAAUAAACGAUGUCCUUUCCAAGACCCAGAUAUAACUAUCCAGAUGAGGAUUUUGAAGUUUAUCCGGAGUAUCUGGAUGUGAUGAUUUGGAUCAACAUUCAUGUGUGUUUACCCUUCACCUUUCUGGUCAUCGCUUUGUGCUGCACAGUCCGUUUGGAUCACAUUCCAGCUACGUACUAUGUGAACCUCCUCGUCUCCAAUCUGAUCCAGAUCAUCACUCUGAUUGUUUUUUUGCAAAUGAUGAGAUUUGGUCCUCAUAGAUUGUCUGCUUUUUUUAUUUCCUACAUCCGUAGUGGGAUGGCCAGUUUUUCCUUCAGGAUGAUCUUUGCUCUGGAAAGGUUCCUUUACAUGUCCAAGCCACAGUGUCUUUUCAUCAGACGCUGUAAAGGUUUUGUGACUGUCAGUAUUUGUGGAUGGAUUUUUUCUGGUGUCCUCGUCUUUCUUUUAACCGCUUUUUAUCGUGAUUUACUCCAAAUCUGCCUUUUGCUCCUUGCUGCCCUGGUGACCACCAUCCUUCUUGCUGUAACUCUUAGGUCUCUGUGUAAAUCGUCCUCAAUGCGCGUCAAAGAGAAAUGCAGAAACAUAGGAAUUUUAGUUCUGAUGCUGGUUAAUUACAUAGUGACUAUUUUUCCAACAUGCGCUUACUUUAUUUAUUUACACUUAUAUUUAUAUCAAAAUAUGAAUAGAUAUUACGGGCAAAUGGAGUCAUCAUUGAUCACAGAGAUCAUUUUCACAUUGAGUCUUCUCAGUCCUGUGAUGGACUUGAUUGUGUUUGCCUUCAUGUCCAAAGGGCCUUUCAUAAAGCUGCUGAUGCGUCUCUGCUGCUGCUGCAGCAAGGAAACAGCUGCAGCAAAUGACAGCAGCAGCUCAUCAGUUUGACUGAAACACAACAGCUGAGAUUUUUUAGAUGAAUCAAAGCCAUAAUGAUCAUUAAUAUGAAAAACAAAAACACAUGUAUGCAAAUCUGCCCUUUUUUCAGGUAAAAGAAACAUUGAUCCCAAAAAUUCAAAGAUUGAA